UGACUUGCGACAUUUCUUUUGAUCUUUACAAAAAGCACUUGGUACAACACAAACUCAGCAAAUACUAUUUACAGAGCUAGAUUGGUUGGUAAGGCUACAAAUACAAAGGCGAUCUCACUAUAAUUGGGUCAUAACAGUUUCGUACGAAACCUGAUAAGGCAAUAAAUGUCAUUAUCCCUGCUUAACAAGGACCUCAACAACUUAGGAGCUACAGCAGCACAAUAGUAAACAAAGCAUAAGGUUUAUGUUAAGCAGUUGUGUGCAUGAUAAUUCUAAAUCUAAAAGAAUAAUCAACAUCACCAGUUGCAUUCCCCAGAACACUACCAUAAGCAAAAGCAAUCACAGGAUUACACCAUGCAUUGUAUAGAAAUAUAGGCAAACCAGCACUUAGAUAUGCUAUGUGAUUGGAAUGGUAAAUUUGCAAUGUCCAGAGCCCAAUAGUGACUAAAAUACCAUGAAAACCAAGAACACCACAUAAACUUUCUCGCAGAGACUAAUAAUUAUACCUUGUAAGCAAAUCCGCUGAUGAAAUAUGCAUUUGUCAAAAGAAAAAGAACUACUCCUUGUUCUAUUUCUACAGAGUAGUAGCUAGCAAGGGUUGAUUCAUCUCAAAGAUUAGCAGUUCAGCUAAGGGUAUUGGUUAGUAUAUUUCCCAAAUCAAUAAUCUCCCGAUUACCAAUUUACCUUGUAGCUCUAGAAAUUUCUCAAUCAAUGGGGAUUUGGGACUCAGCCAUUCCAUAUCCAUACUCCCCAAAUUUAUAAAAAUAAAUUACAGCUUCCCCUAGUAAUGGAUCUUCCAAAAGAACCAAGAAAAAUCCAACUCAAAAAACUGGGACCUGAAGAUGACCACUAAGGCCAAACAUACUCCAGCAGGUCAACUCAAACAGGCAAACCAAAAACAUUCAACAAGAGAACUGAAGCUUAGCAGCUUUCUUAGGAAAAAUAUCUGCCCACAGAAAUACAACAGAAACCAAAAAUGAAAAGACAUAAGUCUUAACAAUACCAUGUAUUCUUCAUAAGUUUUGGCACUUGAGUGCAUCUUAGUCCGGUAUUCCCAACCCAAGGAAAAAUAUGGCAAUCAGGUUUCUACAAUAGACAUGCUUCACAACCAACAGUCAAGAAUGUCAAUUGAUGACCUGUGGGCCUUAACACGUGGCUUCAUAAUCAAUGCAAUAUACUAAC